AUGAAGACCGUUCUCUCUCUUGUCUCUUUUGGGUUUCUGGCCCUGACCUCCACUGUAGCGAGUGCUCCAACUGCAUCUGCUUCGGCUGGAUCAGCUGCGCCCGCAAGAUACUGCGUCCAUCUCCAGAUACCAGUUCACGUAGUGACCACAAACAAGCACUACAACCAGCCUCGGGUUGAUAGCAACCUUGACGCCAUUGAUUGGACAGUAAAGACCACCACUUGGAACUUCAACUGGACUGCACAAGCCAAUGGGACUAAGCACGUCGACGAAAUAUUCGGCAUCAAUGCACAACUUUGUGUUCCAUCGCAAAAAACUAAGAAAUCAAGUAUUCUACAGAUUGCAACCGCAGGUCAAGGCUUUGAUAAGCGAUACUUCGAUGUGGAGAUCAACCCAUCAGAGUAUUCUUAUGUUGAUGCAGCUGUUGCUAAAGGGUACUCUAUUCUAACCUACGAUCGACUCGGAACCGGUGCAUCUGAUAAACCAGAUGCGUACGAUAUUGUCCAGAUUCCCACAGAUGUUGAAAUAUUAGCUGGCUUGACAAAGAUGGCUCGCAGCGGGGAGAUUAUCAGCUCAGCUACGGUACUCAAUGGGAGCCUGGUUUCCGAAUUUAUACCUACAAAGAUUAUCCAUGUGGGCCAUGCGUAUGGAUCAUAUAUGGGGACAUUUUUCCUCGCAAAAUACGGUGACCUUGUCGACGGCGCCCUCCUGACAGGUCUACUCUUGAAUAACCAGCUCGAGGACAACCCGAUCACCGCCCUGACGUAUAAUCACGCAUUCCCUAGAGAGGUUAAUCCCAUCCUCUUUGCCGAUUAUGGCUCGGGCUACUUCAUUCUGGAUUCCAAGGAGACUCUUCAGAAACUCUUUUUCCAAAAAGCUACCCUAGAUCCGGCGUUACUAGCCUAUGCCGAGAGCAUAAAGCAGCCCGAGACUGUAGGCCAGUACGCCACGGAGAAUGCGCUUGAAAUUCCAUCGACGGCGGCAAAUUAUACAGGACCGAUUCUGUUCUUCAAUGGGGAGUACGACAACUACGUCUGUAACGGUGACUGUAACGCUGUCCAAUAUCAGGACCAGACCAAGUAUAUUUAUGGCAAUGCAACCGGUCAAAUUUUCUUCUAUCUGCAGCCGAACACCGGUCAUGCCACAGGGCUGUCGAUGAAUGCUUCUGCCGGCUAUGAGGUCAUGCUGCAAUUUCUAGACUCUCGAGGCCUGUAGUUGAACAGCCUUUCGUUGCUCAACCUUCUGCCGUUCUGCAUAUGUAUUUGCAUGGUGUCAGCCUAUGGAGCUAUGUGGGCGUAUCAGCUAAUGUGGUUGUAUAUAUGAGUGCUUGUGUGUGUUUGAGUUCCUAUCUCUUCAACAGAG